AUGUUGGUGCUCCUUGCCUUCAUCAUCAUCUUCCACAUCACCUCCGCAGCCCUGCUGUUUGUGGCCACCAUCGACAACGCCUGGUGGGUGGGAGAAGGUUUCUACGCCGAUGUCUGGAGAGUGUGCACAAAUGGCACCAACUGUACGGAAAUCGGUGACAACUUUCAAGGCUACGCGACGCUGCAGGCGGUGCAGGCCACCAUGAUCCUGUCCACCGCCCUCUGCUGCAUGGCCUUCUUCAUCUUCCUGCUCCAGCUCUUCCGCCUCAAGCAGGGAGCGAGGUUCGUGCUGACCUCCAUCAUCCAGCUGCUGUCAUGUCUGUGUGUGAUGAUCGCGGCUGCCAUCUACACGGACCGGCGCCAGGACCUUCACGAGAGCAACCCGGAUCACUACUCCGUGACGUCGGAGGGCAGGUACGGCUACGCCUUCAUCCUGGCCUGGGUGGCCUUCGCCUUCACCUUCAUCAGCGGCAUCAUGUACCUGAUACUGAGGAAGCGCAAGUAG